AAAUGCCAUCGAUCCAGUAAAAGUAUACCAGUGGAGGGUCUUUAAAUGUAACUGAUUCGGUGUAAGAUGUAUGGAAUUUGAAUACGCAUUUAAGUGUGGAUGGCAGAUCUCACAAUGAAUACUCAGAGCAGAGUUAGGGAUUUCCCUGAAGAUUAAAACGACUCAGCAUCCAUGUCAUUAUAGCCUAUGGAUGAUAAACCGCACAGCUGAAAAGAGCAUGUCUCUAAAUUUUAAGGAAGACAUAAUAUGGUAAUUCAUUAUAAAAAUGAAACUGGAUAAAGAAAUCAUCAUUUAAUUGAAAGGUGAAGAAACUUUAGGUCAAUUUGAAGACGUAUGGCAUCAAAUACUGACAGAUCAGAUGCUUUAGUGGUAUGUCCUACCUGUGAUUAUUCAGUCUUACAAGCUCCUGGGAAGAAAAGAACUAUUUGCCCAAAAUGUGGGAAUUUUUAUAGCAAAGAAGCAGCUGAAAUUUCAACUAAUUAUCGUAGAAAUAGGCAACACCAAAGUGAUCAAGACUCAGACUCAAAAAAGAAAUCUACAGUACACAAGAGAGAUGAUAGUGUGGGAAGUGGUGGUCGUUUGCAAACAAUUUCAAAUUUUUUUCAAAACUUAACACCCAACAGCAGGAGAUCAACAAGAUCAUUAGAAGAUUCAUUUUCUGGCACAGAGGUCUCUAACAAUGGAGCUAAAGAUUCUCUUCCCCCCAUAGAGAGAGGGCGUAUGUUGACUCCCAGUAGAGGCACUAAAGCAUCUUAUUCUAGCGGUACACACGUGGCUAAACAUGAAAGUGAUGACUUUUCCCCACGCUCAAGUGAACCUUGUGGACCUAACUGUGUCCAUCAUAAGAAGCCCAACACACAGCCUUCUGGUGAACAUGGUCUGCUUACACAAGGUCACAGCAGAGAAGGGCAACUUCAAGAUCCUAGAAUAAUUAGCCCAACUUUAAAUGUAAGAAGUCAGAGUUCAAAUCUCUUACGUAAAUCAGUUGAAACGACAGAUGCAAGUAAUAAAUCACUUCAUCCAGUUCUUCUUAAGACUGCUGAAGUGUUAAAAGAAGAUUUCAUGAAUGCUAAAGUGUCUGGAAACUGGAGAGCAUUGCUAGAAUUCUACACUAUGGCAUUUGAUUCUUUUGAUAACCUGAACAGUGUUUUUAAGAGAGAUCCAUCAAAAGAAUAUAAGACCAUAGAAGAUCCUGGCUUAAAAUUUGAUUUCAUCAACUUAGUUUUUGACAUCUUUUCUAAUACACCUCAAGGGCUUCAGAAAGAAGUUUUAAAAGCAGUAAUCAAUUCCUUACUGAAAGAUAAAAGGAGUCAUGAUGGAAGAAUAUGGGUUCAUUCUAAAGAUGAUUUGCGAGCAUUCCUAAUUCUCUUACAGAAUCCUCAGUUUCGAAGUCAGAACACUUAUGUUAUUUUUGCUCAUCUGUUAAGACAAAUUGCAGCACUAAACGAUCAUGACCAUCAUUUUCUUGUACAUUGGCUUAAAAGGUUAAAAAAUGACAGAUUUAGAGCAAUAAUUGAAAGAAUUCAUAAUUUUAUAUCUGUGCGUCUGUUUCCACCAAAUCCUGCAGAGUUACCUCAUAUGUCUAAGUGCUCAUGGUGGAUUCCAAGUGCAACAAAAGUGUUGGCAUUGUUAAAUGCCGCCAACAAUUUACUUUUACCGUCUAUUGUACAAUAUAUUGAGUUCUACAACAGCACCUUAGACCACUUGGAUCUGAUGGCUGAGUAUUAUGCCUGGCAGAAUCCUAGUUCCCAUGCUGGGUUUUCUUUUUGCCAGUACCCUUUUAUUCUUAGCAUAGCUGCAAAAAAGUCCAUUUUACAGAAAGAUUCUGAACAGCAGAUGGUCAUUAUGGCUAGGAAAAGUUUAGUGGCUAAAGUACAGCGCAGGCAGCUACCAGAUAUUGGCAUGUUGUUUCUCAACUUAACAGUGCGUAGAUCACAUCUUGUUUCAGAUUCAUUAAGUGAGAUUUCCAAAAAACAACAUGACUUAAAGAAAAAAUUAAAAGUAUCAUUUGCUGGAGAGCCAGGCCUUGACAUGGGGGGCCUUACAAAAGAAUGGUUCCUUUUGCUUGUUAGGCAGAUAUUUUUACCCAACUAUGGAAUGUUCUCUUACGACAAACUAGCAGGUGUACACUGGUUUUCACCAAAUCCAUGUGAGAACUAUCAAGAGUUCAACCUUGUUGGUGUCCUAAUGGGUCUUGCAGUGUACAACUCUAUAAAUUUAGAUAUCAGAUUCCCUCCAGUUUGCUACAGAAAAUUGCUGUCUCCUGCUGUGGUCCCAUUCAACAACCCACGAGCCACUGUUGGUGUUUGUAAUGUUACACUCCAUGAUCUUAAAGGGGUUAAACCUGAAGUUGCCAAAGGAUUACAAGAUCUAUUGGAUUAUGAUGGUGAUGUUGAAGAAACAUUUUGUCUUACAUUUGAAGUGGUCCAGACAUUACCUGGAGAGACCAGGACAUUACCUUUAAAACCUGGGGGUGAAAACAUUCCAGUAACUAAUGACAACAGAAAAGAGUAUGUCCAGCUGUACACAGAGUGGGUUAUCAACACAUCCAUCUAUUCUCAAUUUCAAGCAUUUUACCACGGCUUUCAUAGUGUGUGUGCAUCAAAUGCCCUUAUUAUGUUGCGGCCUGAGGAAGUAGAAACCUUGGUUUGUGGAAGUCCAACAUUAGUAAUGGAAGAUCUUAAGAAAGUCACAGUCUAUGAUGGCUUUAGCCCUAAUGACCCUUCUAUUAAAUAUUUUUGGGAUGUUGUCCUACAUCUCAACUUGGAAACACAAAAAAGAUUGCUUCUCUUUGCCACUGGUAGUGACCGCAUUCCGAUAGGAGGCAUGGGUGAAAUGACUUUUAAAAUCUCUCGGAUUGAUGAUGUUACUUUAUUACCAAUGUCCCAUACCUGCUUCAAUCAGUUGGUUCUUCCACCUUAUAAAAGUAAGAAACUUUUGAAACAGAAACUCAUAACAGCUAUAAAUAAUGCAGAAGGGUUUGGCCUGGAAUAAAUUUUGAACUGUAACACUGUGUAAGUUCUGAAGUGGACAUAGUUACCUGUUGGUUUUUGUUUUUAUUACUUGGAAGAGAUAAAAAAAUUAUAGUUGAAUGUAAAAGUUAAAUAUUUAUAAACACACACAAUAUGAUUUUUUAAUAUUAAAACACAAACAAUAGCAUGUAAAGAUGUGUAACAUUGAUAGGUAUUGGCUUCACUACUUUAUUCAGUUUAAUUUUCAAUUACUUUGUUUCUAUUAAAUGCUUAUUUUUAUCAUACUAUGGAUUUCUUUUAGCCUUUUAUUAAUAAAUGUAUAGGCCACUUAUAUUUUAACUUUAUAAAUGAUUUUUUAGUAUAAUUCUGCAUUAAAGGCAUAAAAUAACUAAAAGUCAAAUCUCUGCAUAAAACUAUAUUUUGGAUUGGUAUAUUAUAUACUUACAAUAAAUUAGGGCAAUCGUAUACAGUAUUAAUGUUCAUAAGUUGAAUACAAAAUACAUUUCUAAUUUAUGUUUGUAUGUUAACAAAAUUGUUUCUUUCAUGUGGGAUCACAAUAUAUAUUAUGUAGUUUAUUUUUGAAGAUGUAUUUGUAUCAUGUUUCUUAUGCACAUUUUAAUGCUAACUAAAUAUGUAAUAUUUUUAGAUUAUAUUUUCUGAGGAUAAUUACUUUUUCUGGCUGGAUCUAUAUAUUACUUAUUCUUGCUAGAUUACAACCAAAAGUUUUCUGCUGCUAGACCAGGUUUUUAAAGUCUCUAUAGGAUAGAGUAUUUUAUAUAUUAUUUUUCUUAAUAUUUUUAAAAAAUUAAAAUCUUAUGCAGCUUUCAAUUAUAUUUGUAAUCUACAAGUGUAAUAUUAAAUGUGCUUAAUUUUUAUUUCUAGGUAUCCGGUGGGUUUUUUUUUUGUUUAAACAAAGAGCAUGAGUCUGUGAUCUCUGUAUAAAAAAAAUGUAAUAUACUUAAAAUUUCUUCACUCUGUAUUAAAAGGAAGCAUCACUUCUACAUAUUGAUUUUCUUAUCAAAAAAAUCUUUUAACUUCUUUUUGACACAAAUAGGAUAUAUGCUGAAUUAUAAUGUGGGUUUUUUUUUUACCAAGGGCAGUUACGUUUAAGUAAAUUUUCUGAGCUAUUUUAUUCUGCUAAAGAAUAUGUAAUAACUAAUACAAUUAUUCUAAAAAAAAAAAUUCAAAAUCUGUCUACGGCAUUUGUUCAUGAUUUUGAAAUUGAGCUGGCAGGACAAAGUGCCGAACAUAGAAUUAUGGAGAUAGACAAGGCAGGAGCCUAUGACAGUGUAAAU